GGCUGGAAGCUGCUUCUUCCAGCUAAACGUCGGGAAGCAGCGAUGGAAAUGGCUUCUAGGAAUCAGGAAGGGCUUGACAUUACGGAUCAGAACUCCAAGCGUGUCGACCCGGUCUUCGUCGCUAUUCACCCUCUAUUCAUUACUGUACUCGGAACCCCGAGUGUUGUCUGUGACUAUAUGCUCCUGUUUCGUGCCGUAUUCACACUGAGAUACCCUGACUAAAAUACACCACCUGCAACGUGCUCAGUAAUCACUAUCCGAGAUGUUCGACUCCUGUUUCGUGCCGUUCAAGGUCAAGCUUCCCUAUGACCAGACGGAGAACCUCGCCGCCGACCAUGCCGUCAGCUCCAAGGACGUCUCUGCCGGUGGAUACCUCUGGAUUUUCUCUUCCUACGACGCCUACGACGCCUACGCCGACGACAGGUACCUCGGAAUCUGCCUACAGCUCGCGAGAAACGCUAGAAGAGUCAUCAAGGCCAUCUUCGAGGCUUUCGUCAUGAAGAAGAACGGUGAGCCAUAUUCUCCCCUUGCCGACAGACUCGCGCAUUAUUUUUCCUCAUCAGACCACUCCUCGGGGUGGUCAUGGUGCGUGAAGCGAAGCGAACUCGAGUCGCUCUACAUGGUCGACGGCUGGAUCACCAUUGCUUGCGGGGUCAUCGUCGUGCGCGACGACUCCUUAUCCGUGCCGCCUUCCGACAUCGGGACCCAUCUCAGCAGACUCCUGGACUGCGCCGCCGCCGACGGUUCCGACGUCUCCUUCGUAGUGGGCGGCAAGAAGUUCCCAGCUCACCGGGCCGUGCUCGCCGCCCGAUCGCCGGUCUUCAAGGCGGAGCUCUUCGGCUCCAUGGCAGAGGCCAGCAUGUCAGACAUCACAUUGACAGACAUUGCACCUGCAACCUUUGAAAUUUUCCUCCGGUUCAUGUACACCGACACCUUGCCUGAAGAUGGCGAUCGCCUAUCGAGAUGUACAAGCAUCUGCUUGCCGUGGCCGACUGAAACAUACAGAUGCGCCGAGCUGAAAACCAAGUGCAUUACCUUCUUUGCGAAGGAGAAAAACUUCAGGAAGGCUGUGUUAACCGAUGGUUUCGUCAGGCUGGUUCACAAGUUCCCAGCGAUUGUUGCCGAGCUGAGGGAGAAGCCCAAGAAGUAGCCAGAGAGAGAUGCAAAUCCUGAUUGAUGUGCCUGUGUUGCAAUUUACUAUUCAGGUCUUCAUGUAUGGUUUAUGUCACCUGGUAGUUGAUAUCUUUUAAAGCAUACUGCUGUACUUACCAACUUAUUAUGUGAUGGGCUUGAA